AUGUUUAAUAUAACAGAUAAAGAUAUUGAUAAAAUUGAACUUCAAUGGCGAAAAAUAAAUUUGAUAGCCCGGGAAAAUACUAAUUUUGCCAUUGACUGUUGGUAUAAAGUGUAUGAAUUUAAAGGCGCGGAUAAUAAUAAUCCUUUCAAUGAACUAGCAAACUUAGCACUAACCAUUUGGUGUAUUCCUUGGUCCAACGCUGCUUGUGAGAGGAUUUUCAGUCAGAUGAAUAAAGUAAAAACAAAACUAAGAAAUCGUAUGAAAACUCCAUUGUUGAUAGCUUUACUUGAUAUAAGGUCAGGACUAAAAAGAAAUAAAAAAUGUUGUCACAACUUUUCAUUACCAGACGCUGUACUUAAAAAUAUUGGGACUAAUGAAGUGUAUAUUAAUGAUGAAACUGAUGAAUUAGCUGUUGAUGAAGAUAUUGCAUUAUUAUUACAAAAUGUAUUAUAA